AUUGGGAUUUACGGAAUGGGCGGCAUGGGUAAAACGACACUUGCUCAAAUAAUUUUCGACCAACUAUGUCCUCGCUUUGGGAAAAGCUGCAGCUUUCUUGAUGACGUAAGGGAAACCGCAAAAACCAAGGGCUUAGUCAAGCUGCAAGAACAAUUAUUGUCCGAUAUCUCUAAUUCUAGAGUGCCUCGCAACAUUGUUAACAGUGACGAUGGGAACAAAGUGAUUAAAGAAACAAUUUGCCACAAGGAGGUAUUGAUUGUUUUGGAUGAUGUCGAUGAUGGCAACCAAAUCCUAAAAUUAAUCGGAGGGAAUUCUUUGUAUCCUGGUACUAGGAUACUUGUUACCACUAGGGACAAAAGGGUUCUGAAAAUUAGGGGAUUUAAGUAUGAAAUUGUGCCCUAUGAAAUGGAAGGGUUGAGUGAGAGAGACGCACUUCAACUUUUUAGCAGGCAUGCCUUCGAUAAAAACUCUCCUCCAGCCAAUUACUACACUCUUUCAAAAGACAUUGUCUCUACUACGGGUGGACUACCUUUAGCUCUUCAAGCAAUAGGUUCGUCGCUUUUUGGUCAGGAAGACAAAACAUUAUGGAAAGAGAUGCUGGAGGAGCUAAGGAAAACACCUCAUGAUGAUGUCUUGGGAAAGUUAAGGAUUACCUAUGAUACCUUGAAAUCGGGUCAACAACAGAUAUUUCUCGAUGUUGCAUGCUUUUUCAUUGGUAGGAAUAAGACCGAUCCAAUGUACAUGUGGAAAGAUAGUGGGUUUAGCCCAGAGUAUGCUAUUGAUGUCCUUAUUAACAGGUGCAUGAUAAAGCUUUUAGACGAUGAUAGUUUUUGGAUGCAUGACCAAUUUAGAGAUCUUGGCAGGGCAAUUACUAGUCAGGAGUGUAGCAGGUUGUGGGAUGGAGAGGACAUCGUUCGCGAAUUAAGAUCAACGGAGAUCAACAAAAGCGUUCAAGCACUCGAUUUAGAGUCACGGAAUCAAGGUCGAAUGACUGUCACUGUGGAGCAAAUUAAACUGUUCCCGCAUCUACGGUGUCUUCGGUUGUGUAAUGUAACUUGCCAAGGCAACUUUACGGGCUGUCUUUCCGAGUUGAAAUGGAUUGAUUUGGGUUACUUUAAUUUGAGCGGCAAUCUCGAUCCACAGUUUAUGGCAACCAAUUUGCAUCUAGAAAACGUGGUUGUGAUGUAUAUUCGUGGCUAUGAGUGGACAGAAGAUGCGGUCCGGAGUUUAAUCAAGGGGGCAAGGAAAUUGAAGGUUCUCACUCUUCAACAUAGUCAGUUGAUACAUAGGACACCAACCUUUUCCGAACACUCACUUUUAGAGAAGUUGACUAUUUAUGGUUUCGGAUAUUUGAAGGAAAUUGAUUGCUCUAUUGGGAAACUAAGGUGGCUGACAGAAUUGAGUGUUGAGUUUUGCGAGGCGCUUGAAAAAUUGCCCGAACAAAUUGGCGAACUAAAGAAUCUUCAGCGCCUCUCCCUUGUGGAAUGUCGCAGCUUGAGGGAACUCCCUGGCUCAGUUUCGAAAUUAGAGUCAUUGACGAAGCUGGAUGUAUCAAGGACGAGCAUUACAAGAUUACCAGAUUCCAUUGGUAGACUACAAAGCUUGUCAUCUCUCAAUGUAUCACACACAAACAUAGAGAAACUGCCUGGGACAAUGAGCAAGCUUAGUCAACUCCAUACACUGGACCUAUAUAAUUGUCAUGAGAUCCAGGAGUUGCCGAAGCUCCCCGGAAGUUUGAGCACUCUAAAGCUUAGAUCUGAUCUGUUGCAGAUUGUCCCUAACCUCUCAUACCUUACUAAUCUAGUUGAACUGCUCCUAUCCGAUGCCUCUGAAGGUCAUAACAAAUCAAAUAUAAUUCAGCCUUGCAACUUGCUGUGGAUUGAGAGGUUAUCCAAAGUGAGCAAGCAGUACUUGAGCCUUUUAGAUGUCCACGCAUUGUCUGCAAAGUGGCGUUCCCUUUCUUUGCUGGAAGAACUUUACCUCUAUGGACUAGACUUGCAAACGCUGAAACAACUUCCGUCAAACUUGACAGUUCUAAUGCUCGAUAACACUCAAGUGAAACAAGCAGAACUCGAUGGGCUUCCUCAGUUGGAAAAGCUGACUAUCACAAGGUGUGAGCUCGUCACAAAAAUAUGCAUUAGAUCAAGUUUGAGAAAACUCAGAGAAGCCGAUGUGUAUUCUUGCAGCAAGCUAGUUGAAGUUCAAUUUCUUGGUGUCUUAAAAUCGAUGGAGAGAUUAUCUAUUAAUGGAUGCGAAUCUUUCGAGAGGUUGGUUUGUUUGUCGGAGGAGCAAGGGUGCAAUGAGCUACAAGCUCCUGAGUUGACUGAUGGUUGGAGGAGAGUGUCCCUUGUCUCAAGCUCCCUAAAGAUGCUUCAAAAACUCAAUCUGCGGAGGUGUGCGGUGCUACAGGAGAUUCAAUUUGUGUCAACGUUGGAAUCAUUGAAAGAAUUUGUUGUUCGAGAGUGCAUUUCGUUGAAAUGUAUAGACGGUUUGUCAAACUUGAAGAAUUUGAAGUAUUUAGAAAUUGGAGAGUGCCAGAGCCUGCAGGUUGUUGAUGGCAUUGACGAGUUAGAGUUUUUGCAUUUGUUGGAAGUUUAUAGGUGCGGCUCAAUGGAAAGGAUUUUUUAUGCAUCAAGCUCAAAAAUACCAAAUGAGUGCCAGAUAGCAAUAUGGGAUUGUGGGGAGUUCGACACUCAUCAAUAUGGUUCAAGCCUCACUUGGGAGUCUUACAGAGAGAAGAUUUUGAAUGGACCAAUACAAGCGUCAGCUUGCGACUGGGUUCUUCUUUUUCACAUAGAAAUAUCAUGA